AUUCCAACUCGCCCAGUAUAAAACAGUUAAAAAACAAGACACUCUUCCAGUUUUAUCCAAAAGACAAGCAUAUUAUGUUGGGAAAUCAUAAAGUUCAUGCCAAAUUUCGCGGUGACUGAUAGAGAAAAGACUUUUGUUUCGAUAUUAUACACAGUAUCAAUGGUUGAGGUAUUAACGUGUUUUGUACAGUGACGGUAUCUAAGGAGAUCACAAAAUGGUUUACCGAAUGUUAGUACAAAAGAAUUUUCUGACAAUGCUCGACGCGACUACAACCAUAAUGGCGAAAUUGCUCUGUUUACUGUUGGUGGUGUGUUCCGUGCACAGUCUCCAGUUGGAUAGUCAAGCGUCUACGAGGAAACCAAGGGUGACGAAGUAUAGCAAAACUACUGCAGCGCCAGGGGGCUCGACGGAGCCAGCCACAGAACGAAGUCUAAUGACAGCGACGUACCGGUUGGCGCCUGGUGGCGAGACAUGUAUUUUGAUGACAGUGGACGCGUUAUUGGACAUUUCCUAUGUUACUAAGCUAAACGAACGGGCAGACGCGAACACAUUCGUCCCAAACAACGCAAACGUAGGAGGAGUAUGUAAGGAUAGUGACGCCGAAACACUCGUGCUGUCUUUCAAAGAGUUUUCUUUAGAGUUUGCUUUUGCCAAGACGCCAGGCGGAGAACGCUGGUACUCAGACAGCAUCAAACUAACCUACAAUUCGAGUGCAAGAAUCCUGGAACACGCAGCAAAGCAAGGUCGAAGAGUUACACUAAGCACUGGAAACAGAGCGUUGUUAUUCCCAACACCGGUGGGAAAAUCCUUUUAUUGCCCUGAAGAAACCAUUGUAGAGCUGGCUGAAGAUGAAAGUGGUUCAACCGCAGGCCACCGCGCCAAACUCUACCUCCGCCAAAUGCGUCUCCAGGCCUUUAUGUACAAAAAGGGUGGCGAAUUUGGCCCACCCUGGCACUGCUCCGAUUCUUCUCGAGCCCGCUCCGAAACGGCCCCCGUUGCUGUAGGAGCAGCCCUAGCGAUAGCCACCGCUGGUACCCUGGUAGGUUAUGCGAUAUGGCGCUACUUGAAAGUGAAGAAAGUACAAUACGAUACUAUGGAGUAAAGAAUUCACGUACGUUCUGAAUUCGCUUUUAAUUUAUUUGACAUAGACGCCUCGAAAAUGUAAAAAAUUGAUCCGCAAAUAAAAUGUGGUAAAAUUUUAAACUAAAGUCCGUACAGAUAAGGAAUAGCUAUGCUAUUCCUGAUCCUUAAACUUCUUAAUUGAUCUGGAAUAACGUAAUGCAACAUGUUCGAUCAUAGGGCGACUCUAGAAAACAAAUUGCUUUUUUUUUAUUUCAUUGCGCAAAAGUUUUACUUUGUUAAAAAAAACAAAAGCUUUUGAUAUUAGAUAUUUGUAAUUUUUAGGAGUUCAGAACGAGUUUUUAACUAAAUUAACGGAGAUCUCAAAAUGUAUGCCAAUGACGAUAAGAUUUUCUUAGAGCGGUAGAUGAAAUAUCUACUUUAAAAGUGAUAAUCACACAUCGGACAUCUUAAAAUAUAAUUUUUUUGUUACUCAACGCAAAUGCAGAUCCAGUUUUUAUAAAUUAGCUUUUUGUCUUUAUUUGUAUUUGAAUUUCAAACUUUUUCUGAGUUUUGAAUUUCGAACCCAAAACUCGGAUACAAAAAUAGGCAAAGUAUUCGUCGAUGAAAAUGAGUAACUCUUCUUUUAUAGUCUUGUUAAUAAUGUGUGAAAU